AUGUCCUCCCAUGCCCAGGACGUCCAAUACUAUCCCCCGGGUAGUCUGUUCGCUGAAAAAUAUCUACUUGAUAUUGACGCCAUCCUUCGUCCCUGGCGAUCGGAAGUAAUUCGCGAAGCGGCUAUCAGGUUGAAUACUUUGAAGGUAUCUCCGAUCCUUCGCACUCACUAUGACCCAGAUCAAGCUGCAAGAGGAGCCGAUGAUCGCCAGAUAGCAGGAUGGCUUCAGUUGGAUAAGGAUUCCGCAGAUUCCAUGGACAACAAGUGGACAUAUCUGAACGACUCAGAACUAUUCAACUUUGGCGACCACUGGGAAAGAAUUUUUGAGCUCGUACCUGAACUGACUUACCUUACUUUCAGUGAGGAUGAAACAAUCCGGCCAAAAUUCCCUCAGCGUAAUUCCGAGAUAAGUUAUCUACAGGAUACACUUCGUUAUUUCAAAGAGAAUCUCGAAGCUUGGAAAGAUAAAACCCCGAAGAAUGGCGCAAGAAUCCGCAUCAAAUGA